AUGACAAGAAAGUAUGGGCCCUCCGGGGCGUCAAGGGUUACGGACGCGCGAUACACUAGCUACAAGACUUCAAAAUCCGAGGAAAGUCCCGAGAAUGCUCUGCGGCGCUCGGUAAAGAUCGUGCAACACUUGUCGUUGGCGAUUCUGAGGCCUCUGCCGUCAUCAGGUAAAAUCAACAGAGGCUCCGGAGCUAUCGGUACUCCGUCCGCCAAGCCCAAGCAUGGGAGCAUGCAAAGGCACAUGGACAAGGAAAACUACGGUGGCUAUACAUUACUGCAAGCGUACUUGCAUGGUGUUCCACUUAGCUAUAGUGGCUACUACACAAACGAUGAGCACCAUUUCAAGCAAGACUAUCCGCCGACUACAAGUAAGCCGCCCGAAGCACCGAAGGAGGGCGUCGUGGGUCGGCUGGGGCUGUUGAGACAAGACCUGAACCGCAGCAUCCGCUCCACACCCCAAGUUGCGCUUCCUCAACAUCAUGUCGUCCCGCUCGUUAUGGACGUGAGGCUCGAGGAGCUUCAGGGUGCUCACCUACCUGGCACGGAGGACGCAUUUCAGCAAGAUGCUGAUCUUGUGUCGGAGAAAGCCACAGGCAGCUUGCCUACAACUACCCUCGAUCUCGACGCCAAGGCUGGGCAAGCUAGUCAGCAGGAUGACGUGGAGCAUACGGAUUCGACUCUCGAGUGUGAUGAAGAGAUGGCCGAAGCCCGAGUCCCUGACGAGCAGGCCACUGCGGCUCAGUCGUAUCUGCAGCGUAUGGUUGGCCGGGGGGAUGAUCGCGAGGUAUCUGACACGCACCCUGGCGGCGGUCAACGCCAUGACCCAUGCAGCAUACCAAGUAUCAUUAACGACAGGCCCAUGCUCAGGUCUAAUUCCCUUGUCCAGGACGAUACCGAUAAGACGGAGGAUGCAAGUGCCAAGGCUUUGUCCGAAGCAAGCACUAUUGUUGACAACGCCGAGAGCGACACGGAAGAAGGCUUAGGGGGACUCGACGGUUCCAGCGACGUGCUCAACGAUAGGUACAGUGCACGGCUUGAUGCUCCGCCGUCCAAGCUGGACACAAAUGCUGCUGGCACCACAAGGCGUGGGGGCCUACUCUCACCAAGACCCACUCCAUCACCAGAACCCUAUCGGCCAGAUGCCGAAUCCGAUAUGGAUGAGGGCCUGACGACAUCAAGCGCCUAUACGUCGACAACUUCCACCCCGAGCCCACUCGAGCAUGUUGAGGACACUGGGCCUGUGAAGGAUCUCAGGUUUGCUGCAAGUGGGCAAGCUGAAACGAAAUAUUCGCCUGAGCCUUCGUCCAGUGGCGCUAUGACCUGGCCGCAAGACUGCAAUGCCCUCGAGCCGGAAUCGCAGAGACCCGCGCCCUUCUCCAACCUGCCCAACGAAACCACACUCCGUGUGAUGUUCUACGUGGGACUUACAGAACUUCUCAAGUUACGAUUGGUCUGCUCGCACUUUGGCGCCCUCAUCGACGAGAAAUCGAACCUCUCGCUGCUCAUGAAAUGGCCGCAAGUCAUCGCAGGGCUCGACUUCGCGAAACUCAUAGGCAUUACGCGCUACAAUAUCCGUGAUAUCGAUUACCUCGACACUUUAGCAGACAUUGUCACGCGCAGAGGCCUGUGGCUCACCAAAGAUCCGUAUAUCCUGAGUGUUUACAUCAUCAUGGACAUCUUCGUGCGUCAAGGCCACACUGCUAGUGACCCGCCGCCACGCAAUGUUUGGAAUGACUUGUGGAGAGUGGGCUACAACCUCUGGCAGAUCCACAUACAGCAUCAUGGCCCCCCGAACUUGAGAUGCCAGGCCUGGGUCUACUGCUGGGGCUUGUUGGACUUUCUUAGUCGCUUGGAAACCCUUCCACUGAAACCGUACGGCAUAACGAAGGAGAAGAUCGUGGAAUGGUACAAAAAGCUGACUGAGACUCCUGGGGGCUAUUUGCAGGGGCCCAGGCCCGUAGCAGUAGGGCCUCUCAAUCGCCACGACCCUCUCAAGAUGCCAGACUAUCCUCUCACUGGCCUUUACGCUUUCAACAACAAGCUUACCGGUCUACCGAGGGCCUACGAACUCGAGAUUCAUUACAGUCCACCGAUUGUACCAAACGCAGCGAAUCGAUUGUCAAAUCUGUUCGACAUUCCUGAACUGCCGACGCAAUUCGAAGCUUAUGGAAGGUUGUAUAAGAAUGGGUACACUUUUGCUUGGUGUGUACACCGCAAGCCUGUUUUGGACAAGAUCAAAGGCAUAUUCACUGGAGAGCCCAGAUAUGACCGCCAAGCAUUGAGAUCUAACGAAAAAGCUAUCGUCAUCGAGGACCUCUUCCUCUAUUGA